AGUACACACAAAAAAAUAUUACGGUAAUGACAAAAGUAACUUACUUUUGAAUUAAAAAGUUGUUAAAAUUUGCUACAUUAAAAGUUUUUUUCUUGUUUUGAAAAUGAAAACUUUUACUGCUACAGUUCUUGAAAAUCUCAUUGCUCACUGAUUUAAAAGUUUUUACUUUUAAUUCGACUGUAAAAUUUCUUUCAUUUUGACGUUCUCGUGUAAACGUGUACGCCUAAGUCGCAAAUGUAAACAAACACUUUGGUGGGUCCGGUGGUGCUGGUGAGUCUAGGACGCAAAGCAAAGCCGACCGCGGCAGCAGCCAGGACUCGGACGCGGAAACCUUCGUGAGCCAAACAGCAGCAGCGGAACGCCUUCGAAGGAGAGUGGUGCAGAAGCGGGACGAGGUCGAGUGCUCGAAAAGGACAAGGCCAGCUUCUUGCAGGAACUGCAGCUGUUCCACGACCGGAAUGCGAUGAGAGGUAGGAAUGUGGAUUCGCACCGGUUGUAUUGGGUGGUGGUGGCCCGGGAUUGGUGGUUGAAGGUCAAUUCGCGUGAGGACUGGGGUGAGAUCAUCGAGGAGAUGGCGCUGCCGAAGCGUUGCGUGAACAACGAGAUUGCGUUGAAGAAGAUUAACUUCCGGUUUUUGGACAAGUACGCGAAAGUUUAUUUUCACGAAGGGCCUCCGAUGAAGAGGAUGACGACGAAAAGCUACAUAAUCGGAGGUGGGCAGCGCAGAUGUUGCACUCGGUGCCGGCGGUUUACAGCACCGCAACUUCCCGCCCACAAACACUCACGUCGCGACGGCGCAGCUUCAGCCGAAUGAAUCUGGACAGUGAGCCAAAAAAAAUCUGUGUCAUUCUCGAAGUAGGAUUACGUGCUCC